GAAGAAACCACUCGUAGGAGACACCCGUCUAGCUCGUGAGGCAUGCAGAUGGGAACCCAAGGAAUGCAUAUCCGUUUAAUAUUUCACAUGAUUUACAUCAUAUUCGGCCAUAUUUCCACAUCAUCAUCUCUUCUCCCAACCACAGUUCCUCUCUUCAACGACAGACCUUUUGUGCUCCUAUGGAACGCACCCAUUUCCAAAUGUCAACAGUUAAAAGUCCCUCUCGAUUUAUCACUGUUCCAAGCAGUCACCACACCUGCAAGAGUAAGAAAUCAGUCCCUGACCCUGUUCUACAAAAACCGCAUCGGGCUUUUUCCCUGUAUAGACCUUCAGUCCUCUAAAGAGUAUAAUGGUGGCAUUCCUCAAAGAGGCAAUUUGUCAGCUAGUGUAGACAACGCUAAAGAAGAAUUCACGAAGUACAUUUCCGAUUCAUCUUCUGGCCUUGCUGUCAUGGACUGGGAGGAGUGGCUUCCGAUGUAUGACCGAAAUUUUGACCUAAAAGAGAUCUACAAGGACCUGUCCAUCAACUACACUCUCAAGCAUAACAAUUCUCUCAACACUCUACAGGCCGACAGCAAAGCAAAACAACAAUUCCAGGAGGCGGCCAGGGGUUUUAUGGAGGAAACUCUAAAGUUGGGGGUUGCGCUUAGACCUCAGUACCUGUGGGGCUACUACUUGUUUCCAGAUUGUUAUAACUAUGACUUUGAGGAGGAAAACUAUACAGGUGUUUGUUAGCGCACGAAACAAUUAAACAACAAACUUUUCUGGCUGUGGGAGACCAGUACUGCCCUAUACCCUUCCGCAUACCUGCCGACCUCUACGAGCGGAAGCAAAAAAGCAGCACUGUUUGUCCGGCACCAAGUACAAGAGGCAGUGAGAGUGGCAGGAUUGUCAAAACAUCCUUACACUGCACCUGUUUACGUCUACCUGCGCCCUCUUUUACGGGACCAGAGGGAGCUUUAUAUGAAUGAGAUUGACCUGGUCAGCAGUAUAGGUGAGAGUGCAGCUCUGGGGGCCGCUGGAUCAGUGCUGUGGGGGGCGAGUGCUGAUUAUACAAACAAGGCCUCGUGUGACGCUUUAUCUGCAUACCUGUCUGAUACAUUAAAUCCCUACAUUGCGAACGUUACCACUGCGGCUCAUUUCUGCAGCAAAAGCCUCUGUCAAGGCAACGGACGCUGUGUCCGCAAAAACUCUGACUCUGAGGACUACCUUCACCUCAGUACAGAAAGACAUCAAAUCAGAAGGAAUGCUGGGAAAUAUAUGGUUAUGGGCACACCAUCGCUGGAUGACCUCACUAACUGGGCAGACAAGUUCACUUGUCAGUGCUAUGAAGACAGGAAGUGCUCUGUUAGAAUCACACUGUAGAUAAGACAAGCGUCUUUAAAGGUGGCUUUGGGGGUUGCCAAAUCAUGUUUAAUUUACAAUUGAUUUGGGUAAAAAUAUAAAAUGCAUUGCACAAAGAUAAUUUGAUAUUUUUGUAUUUCUCUGUAUACCAAGGAUUAUUUUAAUGACUUUUUAGUGUAAGCUUCAAAGGUGCUGUGCAUUUUUUUGGAGGAUCUAUAUACAGACAUGUCAUUUAACAUGGAUAACUAUGUAUUCAGGAGGUGUGUAAAGAACUUACGAAGCGUUAUAUUUUUAUUACCUUAGAAUGAGCUAUUUCCAUCUAUACACAGCGUGGAUCCCCUUAUCCCCAAUUCACCAUGUUUCUACAGUAGCCUUAACGGACAAAUGCAGUGUGUUUUGUAAAUACGUUAUUUCCUUCGACAAAGAAGUGAAAACAUGACGACAUCUUAUUUCUGUGUCAGCCAUUAUAGUGUUUCGAAAGGGAGGCGGGAGUGAGUUGUUGGUUGCAAUUCGCAACCUCACAACUAGAUGCCGCUAAACUUCAUACAACUGCCUUUAAAAUGCAACGCCGAAUAUUAUAAAAGGUUAUGCCUCGGUCACUUUUUUCAAACAUAAAUUAAAUAGCACCCACAAUUUAAUCUUUCUUUUGUCUCUAUUUCUAGCUUAACAUUUGCAAACCCUUGAAAAGAUAAAAGUAUUGCUUUUUGACUAUCUAUAAAAAAAAUCUUUUUUCUAUAAAGAAAUUAAAUUACAAAUGCUUUUGUGCACAUGUUGUUCACUUGCAUGACAUUAACAACUUAAAGGAGAACAAUAUCUACAGUAUUUGUCAGAUAAGAUAUAUAUUAACAGUUGGAAGUAGCCUGAUAAAUCCAGAAUAAACAUUGGAAAAUGAGUAAUGUAACUUGUUUGCCCUUGUUAGUUAAACUGU